CAAUUUGGCACUGGUGUCGCCAGACUGGAGGCAGGUUGAUCGCGGAGAACCACCGGCUGUGGGAGACAAUGAUGAGGCGGUGAAGUGCUGCUAAUCAAAGUGUAAUUCGCGCGUAUCCUGUCUUAAUUGAUUCAUUAAUUAAAUCACGACCUCUUGUUUAAAAAAAAAAUGACGACGACCACGACAUAUCAAGGGAUGGAGCCCGGCGCAAAAAACAGUUCCAGGAUUUUGCGCCCUCCUGGUGGCGCCUCCAACAUUUCACUCGGUGCAGAUGAGGAGAAAGCUCCCGUCCGGAAAAACAAGAUGGCCUCCAGUGUUUUUGCAGAGCCUGAGGACCCCUAUGCUAAUCGAAGGAACAACCCACCAGGUGGAAAGCCCACGGGGGUGCUGUGUGGUGAGCCGUCCGCCCCACUAAGGAGAGGAGGGAACAACAACAACCACUCAGCAGACGGCACAGAAGGAGAAAAUCCUUUGCGUGAUCAUGACAACAGUGCAGCUGAAGCAGUUCCAGAGCAGCAGCAGCAGCAGGAGGAUGCCCCUCCAGCUGAGGAUCCCAGUGCAGGUCUACCAUCUGGCCGCAGGAAUCCUCCUGGGGGCAAGUCCAGCCUCAUCCUGGGUUGAAUCCCUGGCAACGGUCCCUUUUACCUCCACUUGUCUCUGAACUCAUCAAUUUUGAUUUUUUUUUUCUUCUUUUUUUCUUCUUUUCAAUCAAGGAUACCCAGCCCAUUUGUCUGUACCACAGGAAUCCUGAUGUCCAACAGGCACCAGUGCCCUCCACAUCCUCAAGUGCAUUGUUUUGAUACCUCUUUUUUGGAAAUCGUUUUGUACUGUUUUUAUUUUUUUGUUUUUAUUUUGACAGAAGCACUUUAUGUAUUUCUAUGUAUAUGGUUCAACGUCUGCCUUUGCCCCUCUAAUGCAUUACAUCUGUCAGAAAGGGUAGAAGGAUCACACUUCUCAUAUCAGCCGGUGGUAAAUCCCCCCCUAACUUUAUUGCGACAGCACACGCUGUAGGCGAUUGAACAAGCAGUUUAGAACACGAGCAAAGAAAAACGCUGUCACGUUUUGCACUGUGUUCAGUUCUGACCCAUUGUGCAUGCACAUCUGGCCUGUGAUGUAUGAAUGUGAGAUGAAACAUUACUGUGAAGAUUUUUUUUUAAUUCUUUUUUUUUACAAUUCAACCUGUUUGUUAGUUGUUGUUUUUUGUGUGGAAUAUUUGUUGUAUUGUUGUUGCAUGAAGUUGGAAUCUUUCUACUGAUUAUAGUAUUAAUAUCCACAUAGGAGCCAAAUAUGAGCCACAUAGAUUACUGUCAUUGUGAUCUGAAGGAUGCAAACAUCUGUCUUCAGGUGAGUACUGUAGGUCCCAUGUCAGGUAACUGAAUUGGAAUAAAACCUUUUUUAUAUAGUAGCCACUAACCUUAGAAUAUUGUAACCCCAGUGCCGGUUUUGAGUGCCCCGUGUUUUUAUAGGUAAAAUUUGCUCUAAAAUAAAACAGUGUGUCUGUUUGUGUUAAGCUACAACAUCAAACAAGACUGGGUUUCCUCAUACUGCAUCCUACCAGUAUCACCAAGACCUUAUUUUUCCGUUGCGAGUCAAUGGAAUGUCGUUGGUCGUGACACUGGUGUUUCUGGUAAACCCAUCCUAGAUUUGACAAGUGACCUUAUGACAGCUCAGCCUUUUUUUCUAUGUUUUACCCCCUUAUACAUUAGUUAAUGACCCUGGAAAUAUAGAACGGCCUUUUUGUAGAUUUCAUGUUGCAUUAUUCAAACCAAAAUUCAAACUCCUCCUUCUGUCUUGUUGAGUCAGAAAAAAAAACCUACAUUUCAGGUACAUGAACUACAUGUAUAUCCUGUGGUGUCUAUUUUUAAUGUGUGUUAUGAUGCAAGACAUGUCUGUUUGCAUCCAGCCAAUUUCCUGUUGCUUGAUGUAAGUCACUGCAGAAAUUCGAAUUCAAGAAAUGGCACAAGUGGAAAUUAAAAAGAAUAAAUCUUGA